AUGAUUGCGCAAACCUCGCAUUUUAAGCUUUUCAAGUAUAACAUCUUAUUGCGUAAUAUUUCCCAUCCAGUUAUUAAGAGAGCUAUGGCCGUUUAUCCACUCAACCGUAACACGAAAGGGAGAGACAUCAGUUUCUCAAGAAACCCCCAUGGACGACUGAGGGGUGUCAGGUACGCCUUAGGUCCUGACAACUCGCGGGGAAGCUCGGUUGAGUUUUACGGUCGCAGUAACAGCUACAUCGAGUUCCCAAACCGAGGGAAAAUCGACACUAGGCGCUCAAUAACGCUGUUAGCCUGGAUUUACCACAUUGGACAAGCAGGCCCCAUCUUCAACUAUAUGCCGAAUGGCUGGGGAGUCCACUUCUGGAUGGUGUCCCCAACAACGCUGUUUGCUCGGUUCACACGUCGAAGAGGCAGGCGCUUCACGCCAGCUAUUUAUAGCCGAAGUGUGCGACGACGGAAAUGGCAGUUUGUCGGUGCAACGUACAACUACAGGACCGGCAUGGCGCGACUCUUCCUGAACUCAAGGUUUGUUGCUCGAAAACGCAUUGGAAGAUUUAGGCUGGCGACAAACUACCCCGCAAGAAUGGGAGCUCGCAUCGGAGACCGGAGAUAUUUCCGAGGUCGAAUCUCCUGUAUGCAGGUAUACAAUCAAGCACUAAACAAAAAUCAGAUCCUGGUUCGUCAGAGGAGGUGUUUCAGACCAGGUAAUAGU